GCCCUUCCCCCUCCUCCCCCCUCCCCCGCGAGCGAGCGAGCGUCCUCCGCGGCUGAGGCGGCAGAGAUUGGAAUCUGCUUGCCGGCCGCGCGGAGGAGGAGGAGGAGGAGGAGGAGGGCGGAGGGAAGGGCGGGGAGGGAGGCUCGAGCUCCCGCGCGUCGGCCCGCGCGAGACGAGGACUGUGCGGCCGCGCGAGGGGCGACCGGGCUCGGGCCGCUGCACGCCGAGGGCGGAGGCCGAGCCGGGCCCCGCCGCCCCGCGGCUGUCGGUGGCCGCCUGCGCCGAGCGCUGGAGGAUGAAUUUCUCGGGAUCCCGAUUUAUGAAAAUAUGCAUCGCUUUGAUACUGUCUUGGAAUUCAUGAGAUGGAAGCAUAGAUCAAAGCUGUUUGGAGAAAUUGGAACUACAGUUUUAUCUAGCCACAUCUCUGAGAAGUCUGAAGAAAGCAGCAGGUGAAAGUCAUUGUCAAGUGAUUUUGUUCUUCUAUUAGGAAACCUCAUUCAGUAAAGCCAUUUACAUUAGUGAAAUAGCAGGACCAGUAAUUCAGAGUGGCCGUGUACAGGACACGUGCGAACUGGACAAUGACUCAGCUAUACACUUACAUCAGAUUACUGGGAGCCUGUCUGUCCAUCGCUUCUCAUGUUCAAGGGCAGAAUCUAGAUAGUAUGCUCCAUGGCACUGGUAUGAAAUCAGACUUGGACCAGAAGAAGCCAGAAAAUGGAGUGACUUUAGCACCAGAGGAUACCUUGCCUUUCUUAAAGUGCUAUUGCUCGGGACACUGCCCAGAUGAUGCUGUUAAUAACACAUGCAUAACUAAUGGCCAUUGCUUUGCCAUUAUAGAAGAAGAUGAUCAGGGAGAAACCACAUUAACUUCUGGGUGUAUGAAGUAUGAAGGCUCUGAUUUUCAAUGCAAGGAUUCACCAAAAGCCCAGCUACGCAGGACAAUAGAAUGUUGUCGGACCAAUUUGUGCAACCAAUAUUUGCAGCCUACACUGCCCCCUGUCAUUAUAGGUCCAUUCUUUGAUGGCAGCAUCCGAUGGCUGGUUGUGCUCAUUUCCAUGGCUGUCUGUAUAGUCGCUAUGAUCAUCUUCUCCAGCUGCUUUUGUUAUAAACAUUACUGUAAGAGUAUCUCAAGCAGGGGUCGUUACAACCGUGAUUUGGAACAGGAUGAAGCAUUUAUUCCAGUAGGAGAAUCAUUGAAAGACCUGAUUGACCAGUCACAAAGCUCUGGUAGUGGAUCUGGAUUGCCUUUAUUGGUUCAGCGAACUAUUGCCAAACAGAUUCAGAUGGUUCGGCAGGUUGGUAAAGGCCGUUAUGGAGAAGUAUGGAUGGGUAAAUGGCGUGGUGAAAAAGUGGCCGUCAAAGUGUUUUUUACCACUGAAGAAGCUAGCUGGUUUAGAGAAACAGAAAUCUACCAGACGGUGUUAAUGCGGCAUGAAAAUAUACUUGGUUUUAUAGCUGCAGACAUUAAAGGCACUGGUUCCUGGACUCAGCUGUAUUUGAUUACUGAUUACCAUGAAAAUGGAUCUCUCUAUGACUUCCUGAAAUGUGCCACACUAGACACGAGAGCCCUACUCAAGUUAGCUUAUUCUGCUGCCUGUGGUCUGUGCCACCUCCACACAGAAAUUUAUGGUACCCAAGGAAAGCCUGCAAUUGCUCAUCGAGACCUGAAGAGCAAAAACAUCCUUAUUAAGAAAAAUGGAAGUUGCUGUAUUGCUGACCUGGGUCUAGCUGUCAAAUUCAACAGUGAUACAAAUGAAGUUGACAUUCCCUUGAAUACCAGGGUGGGCACCAAGCGGUACAUGGCUCCAGAAGUGCUGGAUGAAAGCCUGAAUAAAAACCAUUUCCAGCCCUACAUCAUGGCUGACAUCUAUAGCUUUGGUUUGAUUAUUUGGGAAAUGGCUCGUCGUUGUAUUACAGGAGGAAUCGUGGAGGAAUAUCAAUUACCAUAUUACAACAUGGUGCCCAGUGACCCAUCCUAUGAAGACAUGCGUGAGGUUGUGUGUGUGAAACGCUUGCGGCCAAUCGUGUCUAACCGCUGGAACAGUGAUGAAUGUCUUCGAGCAGUUUUGAAGCUAAUGUCAGAAUGCUGGGCCCAUAAUCCAGCCUCCAGACUCACAGCUUUGAGAAUCAAGAAGACGCUUGCGAAAAUGGUUGAAUCCCAGGAUGUAAAGAUUUGACAGUUAAACAAUUUUGAGGGAGAAUUUAGACUUCAAGAACUUCACCCAAGGAAUGGGUGGAAUUAGCAUGGAAUAGGAUGUUGGCUUGGUUUCCAGACUCCUUCCUCUACAUCUUCACAGGCUGCUAACAGUAAACCUUUUAGUACUCUACAGAAUACAAGAUUGGAACUUCAAACAAGUCAUUCUUUGUAUCUGGACAGCUGUGUUUUAAAUGUGGUUUUUUUGAUGCUUUUUUGAUUUUUAUGAACUGCAUCAAGACUCCAAUCCUGAUAAGAAGUCUCUGGUCAAACUCUGGGUACUCGCUAUCCUGUCCAUAAAGUGGUGCUUUCUGUGAAAGCCUUAAGAAAAUUAAUGAGCUCAGCAGAGAUGGACAAAGGCAUAUUUGCCUUCUAUCAGAGAAAACAUCAGUCUGUUCUGUCUUUGUAAACAGCCUAUAGAUUAUGAUCUCUUUGGGAUACUGCCUGGUUUAUGAUGGUGCACCAUACCUUUUAUAUGCAUACAAGAAUUCCUCUGCUGCCAUGGGGCUUAGAAGACAAGAAUGUAAAGGUUGAACAGGAGGGUAUUUGUGGCCAGUGGUUUAAAUAUGCAAUAUCUAAUCGACAUUCGCCAAUCUCAUAAAAGCCAUCUACCUUGUAACUGUAGUAACUUCUCCGCCGACUUUAUUUUUAGCAUAAUAGUUGUGAAGGCCAAACCCCAUGUAAAGUGUCCAUAGACUUGGACUGUUUUCCCCCAGUCACCUUUUUGUUCUCCUUUUGGUAAUUAUUUUUGUUAUAAAAUGCCUUCUAUCCAGAAUUGGAGCUCACUGUCUUGAACCAUACUUUGAAAGAAACACCUCUUCCUGGAGUCUGCCUUAUUGCAUCUGAUCACGAUGUACAUACCUGUGAUCAAAUUCUGUGGUCUUUUGUUCUUGGUACUUCUUAAAAAGGGAAGUUGUUUCUCAUGUAACAUGCUUUUUGUUUUCAGAACCUGCACAGCUGUCAUUCCAGCCAUGUUUUACCUACACUCAGCUCUAUACAAGACACCCCACACGCUCUGUCUCACAUCUGAUCCUUGAUGGGAAGUGUUUUAAAGUAGAACUAUGUAUGAAUUUCAGAAUUCAUGCAUUUUAAAAUUUCACUAAGAUAUUGUCUCAUAUCUCUUUUAUGAGGAUGUCAGCUGAUUUUUCAAUUAACUGUAAAUAUAUUUUAGAUAUCCAAAUCUUUUGAAAUUUGGUUUUACAAUUUCUGGUCCCUAACUUGUGAAGACAAAGAGGCUUAUGGUACCUAGUCACUACGCAUAUUUACACUGAACAUUAUUAAAUAAAGUGAUGUGUAUUUUAUUAGAGACCUUGUUAUCUCAGCAGUUCUGGUUCAAACUUAUUAUACCAAUAUCAUACUAUUUAAAUGUUCUAAGUAAACAAGCCAUGUGAGCCUCAAAUGUCAUUAUGUCUUCAGAUGAAACAUAAACUAAAGGUGAUUGUAUCAACACAUAGAGCAAUUGAAAUUAAAUGGGAGACAGGUAGAGCCUAUGUCCAUCUGUCCAUCUACAGACAUGACUAAACUUAGUAUAAUAUUCAUCAUCUAUAUUCUACAAAUUUCAGAUUUGUUUUGCCUGUUUUGUUUAAUGAGUCUCAUCUAAUGUACCUAAAGCCUAAGAAUACUGAGGUCUGAUUUUACCUAAGUUCAGUGAACCUGGAUGUGUUUUUCCUGGAUAAACUAAGUCUUGAAAGUCACUUAUCAUCUUACUGCUAUACCUAAGGAAUCAUUCUUUGACAUGUUUAAAUUGUAAGGAUUCUUUUCUACUUAAUGUGCUCUAAGAAAAGGCUGUCAGGAAUUAAUUGUAAGGCAGGCAGUGAGUGCUCCAGUCCCUGCCUUCCCACGCUGCCAUCACUGCACUCAUGGGAAACAGUGACGUUCUCUAAAUGGCAAACGCUGCUGUUUUUCCUUAUUUGGAAUCCUAAAAUCAAAAGUUGCAUUAAACUUACUGUGUUCUCUUCUCCCUCCUAGUCUUAAAUUUAAAAUUCAAUAAGUGAAAUAUUUAAAGAAUGUAUCAGACCUUUGGCCAGUGAGAUAGCUCAGUAGAUACAGGCACUUGCUGCCAAGCCCUCAACCUCAGUUCAGACUCUGGGACACACAUAGUGAAGGGAGGGAGCCAACACUCCAUGGCAUGCGCCCCCCAGACACAACACACCACGCACUCCAAAUACUCAAAAUUUAAAGGAAAAAAAGAAUAAAGCCCACUGUGUUAUGUAUUAAGUAUUAUGUAGUUAUUUAAUUAACAGCUUGUAAAAAUCUGGAAACUAUGAUUUGGUGUCCCUUUGAAUCUAGAGUUUAAAAAACACAUGGCUAAAAUCAGCCAUCAUUUAAAUAAUUAAAAAUAAAAGCCCCAAACCCCAAACUGCCUAAAUAAAUACCAAGUAGUCCAGGAAGACGUCACACGUGAUUUGUAUGACGUCAUGUGUGGUAGGUCACUGGGACAGAGCAUGUUAAGCUUUGUCCCACCCAGCCUGAUUCUCUGAGGUUUCUACAGCACUGAGUACUGUUCUGAGUAUAAAAUCUGAACUGAUUUCUCUGGAAAUAUUAUAGCAAAAGAUAAUUUAGUUAGCAUGUUAUGUUACCCUUCCAGUGUCUAGAAACUUUCCUAAGCCCAUAAAGUUACCUUUUGCUGUUACCAUCUGUUGUCCUGGAAUGUGCCAGUUUUUAUUUAUUCAUUCUAAUGAUAUUCAAUUUGCUUUUCUCUUUAGAUGUUUUUCUUGUUUAGAAUAAAAGGACUAAUUUUUCAAGAACCAUACAUCUCUGAUUUGGCCUAAGGUCAAAUUGGAUAUUGAGUAGUCUAUUCCAGGGCAGAUUUCCUAAAGAGAUACACUUGUCUUUUCAGCUGUGUAUUGUUUUGAAAUGUUUCCAAAUAUCUAAGAUAAUUUCAACAGAAGUGUAAGUCAUGUGAAAAGAAAGGUGGUGUAGCCCUUGUGGUAAUGACUUGAGUCAUAUGUUUACUAGCUGUAUGGUGUGGGAACUAGGCAAGCAGAACCUGAUUCUUUGGGUCAGUGUAUGAGUCCACAGGGUACGGGAAGGAUCAUCCCAUAAAGGAAGCCUGUGAGUAUGGCUUUUGCAAAGAAUUAGACAUAAUACUAUAAUUUUAGGUUGUGAUCUCUUUUUUCCUUUCAGUGGAAUUAUUUAAGCUCUUCAGUGACCUUUGUUUUCCCCACUUAAAAACUAAAAUGUAGCAUAUAUUGUAUAAAAUGAAAAUAUUAAUAGCUUAGGGAAACUGUACAUAAGGCAUUACCGGUUUAAAAAAAGCAUUUUUAUUAUGCAAUUGUAAAACACCAAAAAUAUAGAUUCAUCUUUGAUAUGUAACACACUAAAUGUAUUUUGUACAGCAUCUGAUUUGGAAGGUGCCUUAUUAAGUUUACCAUUAAUUGCUUUGUUCUAUAUACAGAUUAUGUCCAAUGUAUCAUUUUUCAGUAAAUAACCUUAUUUUAGUAUACUUCAGUGAUGUGUUUUGUGAUGCUGUUCUUAGAUUUAUUGUGUAUCAGAAGUCAGCUGUUGAGAUUUUUUUGAGUAACUUAAGUGUACAUAUGUACGUUCCUGAGCAUGCCUUUCAGCUUCUGGAAAGCCAGCACAGAGCAUGGCCAGGUAAGUGCCACAUGCUUUUCCUUUAUGUAGAUGCUGAACCUACCUUAAUGAGGGGAUUUUUUUUUUCCUUCUAUACAAAUUUAAAAAACCACAUUGUUUUCUGGUUAUAAAAAUGUGUGUUUAAGACAACAUUGGGAAACAGGAAAAGAAUAAGCAAAUAAACUACUCCAUUUUAUUGCCAGAUAA